AUGUCUUUCACAAAUCUUGAUCUAAUCAACGCCGUCGACGGCUUCCCCUACUAUCAAGUCGACCCCGACCUCUACGCCGCUAGCAUAUCCACCUACUACGAGCUCCGCGUAGCAGACCAUGACUACGCCCUAGGCUACGUCCUCCCCUCUGUUGCCGAAGUCUUCCGCGGCGUCGCCCACUGGGAAUUCGACGACGAAGACCGUAUUCUCACGCUUACUGGCGGCACCAACGCCGCUGUGCGCUCUGCUAUAGUCGCCGCGACGCUCGAGGCACUACGCACGACGGGGCACUUCAAGGUGUUGGAAAAGUGGCGAAACGAGUUGUACCCCGUAUACGGACGCAACAAAGAGCUGCUUUUCAAUGUGGAGCGCAGCGCGAGUCCGCUUUUUGGGGUUGUCACAUAUGGCGUGCAUUUGACUGCGUAUGUUAAGAAGGAGGAUGGUUUCAGGAUAUGGAUACCUAGGAGGGCGAAGACGAAGCAGACGUAUGGGGGUAUGCUGGAUAAUGCUGUUGCGGGCGGCAUUGCGACUGGUGAGGUGGCCUUUGAGAGCUUGGUGAGGGAAUGUGCAGAGGAGGCAUCGCUGCCGGAAGAUCUGGUCAGGAGUAAGGCUAGGGUUGCAGGAUGCAUUACGUAUUUCUACAUAAGGGAUAAGAGCGCUGGUGGGGAGACGGGGUUGAUGCAGCCGGAAGUGGAAUACGUCUACGACCUGGAGUUACCCGAAGACGUCGUGCCCAAGCCUGGAGACGACGAAGUCGAGGAGUUCUACCUAUGGACUGUAGACGAGGUAAAAGAGCAUUUGGAGAAAGGGGAGUUCAAGCCGAACUGCGCGGCUGCCAUGAUCGACUUCUUCAUACGACACGGCAUGCUGACACCUGAAAAUGAGAAAGAUUUCAUCGAGAUUGUGGCGCGGCUGCACCGCAAGUUCGAGUUCCCUACACUAUAG